ACCUUUCGAUACCUCCGCCGCCCAUCACGUGCGACAUAUCUUCCGAGGUCGAGAGGAGGAAAAGAACAAAGAAGAGGAGAGAGAGAGAGAGAGAGAGAGAGGGGGAGAGUAGGGGGGCGUACGGAAUGGACAACAAGAAGCCGGCUGCGACGACAAGGAAGACGAAGAAGAAGGGAAGACCCUCCCUCUUGGACCUCCAGCGCCGCAGCCUCCGCCUCCAGCAGCAGCAGCAGCAGCACUGCGAUCUUAGCCCUGAUGACGAUCCCCGCCCAGCUGCCGACGAUGACGACGAGUCGGACCAGGGGAGGCGGGAGAAGAAGCUCCGCCUCGUCCUUCGGCUUCCCAACAACGCCGAUGCGGCUUCCGCCGGCUCAGAAUCCGACGACCGUAGAGCCCGGAAGAUCGGGCUCGUCGGGAAUGAUCCCCAAGCAGAAAGGCAGAAUCCUACAUCGAAAGUGACGGAUCUUCCACAAGAUUGUGGACCCGAUACACCAUUACCGGACAAAAAGUUGUUAGUUUUCAUCCUUGAUAGAUUACAGAAGAAAGAUACUUAUGGAGUCUUUUCCGAGCCUGUCGACCCUGAGGAGCUUCCAGAUUACCAUGAUAUUAUCAAGCAUCCCAUGGAUUUUGCUACUGUCAGAAAGAAGGUUUCAGAUGAUGCUUAUUCCAACCUAGAGCAGUUUGAGAAAGAUGUCUUUUUAAUAUGCUCAAAUGCAAUGCAGUACAAUGCAUCAGAUACAAUCUACCACAGACAGGCUCGAGCAAUUCAAGAGCUUGCAAAAAAAAACUUUGACAAUCUAAGACAAGAAAGUGAUGACAAUGAACAAGAACCAAAACCAGCACGGAGAGGCCGACCACCAACUAGAGAUAUUUUCAAGAAAAUAGGCCGUCCCCCUAGUGGUAAUGCUGGUUCAAAUCUCUCUUCCAAUGCAAAACUUGCUAAUGCUGGGGACAAUCGUCACUCUGUCAAUUUCUCGCCCGAUUUAUCACAAAAGGGAUACCACAAUACCAACUUACCUACAAAACCUUACGGUCUUCGCAAUUCUGAAGAUCGUAGUUUUUAUGAGGAGCAUUUGUUCGAAAGGAAUGAUGAUACUUCAGGUUCUGCCUUCAAAGGUGCUGCGUUAAGAUAUCCAAAAAAGUCCUCUGUUAAUGAUGAAAAUCGUCGUAAUACAUAUACUGAACCUCAGGUGGUCAGCUCCACCAAGCCAUCAGUGUUAACAGCAUUUGAUGGACAGAGAAAGCAGCUGAUUCCUGUUGGCCUUUACACGGAGCACGCAUAUGCAUGGAGCUUGGCACGAUUUGCAGCAAAACUUGGCCCCAUUGGAUGGGAAAUUGCAGCUAAACGGAUUGAGGGUACCCUUCCUCCCGGGACGAAAUUCAGCCGUGGGUGGGUUGGAGCAAAAGAUGCACCACAGCCGUUGUCUCAAUCUCAGCCACUCCUGGCGUCGAGAUCUCCACAUUCUUCCCAACCAGAAAAUAUGCCAUCCAUGAGUGCAUCUGCCACAUCUGAACAUGCAAUAGAUGAUACAGCUGUUGAAGCUAAAGCAAGAUCAACUCCACCAUCUUUCUUGCCAAGCAGAUCCCUGGAUUCUUCAGAGGCCUCUAGUAGAAACCAAGAAAGUUCUUCGAAGCCACACAAUGCUGUUGGGUUACAUGGUAUUUGGCAAAAGGUAGGAAGCCAAUUUCCACAAGUAGGCUCCGCCGCGAUGCAGCCUCACUCGAAUGGUUUUUACACCUCAGGAUUUAACCAUCUUUCUCAAGCUGGGAAGACUAUCAGUGCGUCAGCACCACCUCGACCAUCAUCAGGCAUCGUUUCAAGAAAUAGCGAUCGACCAUCAACGACUAAUUUCACUUCUGAUAUUAUGAAUUCAGCUGCCAAUCCAAGUACAUCUUCCAGCUAUCGGCCUGAUGUCUCCCAUGGUUCUCAGGAAACAAGGAGAGCUGUAACAAUGCUGAGGCCGGUUUCGUUUCCUCCCGAUUUAAAUGCUGGUUUUCAGUCACCAGGGUUGCCAGUUUCAGGUGUUCUAUUAGACUCACAAAACCCUAAUCCAAACUUAGCACUUGGACUGUGAAAUUGUACUCCUUUUUUCAUUUUUUUUAUCCCAUCGGUAGAGAUUAGAAGAAUCCACGCUUACAGUUCAGAAUAGCCCAAUGAUGCAGGUGUUUUUAACAAUUAUGGCAACUGUUGUAGAAGUAGAAGGCGAUUGUACAGAUUAAAUUAUUAUUGAUAUUAAUUUUUGAUAUGGUGACUGAUCUGGCUCGAAAAAACAUACUUCACUGUACUUUCGAGAGUGAUGAAAUGAGAAUUGUUUGUGAUGACUGAGAGAGAAUUGUAUCUCAAUUUUUUGCACAAA